AUGGAGGAAGACUUAGAAGUGUUACAGGAACAAGAUGUGACUAAAGCUUCUCCAUGUGAAGUUGAACUUCAGGAAUUAGUGCAUCAAAUUGACAUCAUGGUAAACAGAAAGCAAGUAGAAUGGGAAAGAAAGAUGAGAGCUUUGGAAGCAAAGAUGGAUGUCCAGGAUCAAGAAUUAGCAAGUGCCCAAAGCAAACUGGAUCAAAAAGGUCAAGAGGUGGGACUACUUCAACAAGAAUUGGAAAAUUUACAGAAAACUAAAAAUGAAAUGGCUCAGAGUUAUGAAACUCAGCUUCAAGCACUGAAAUCUCAAUUCUCAAAGUUGACACAUAGUUACGAAAAGCUACAGUCACAUCAAUUGAAACAAAAAAAGUUUGAAAAUAGAGAAAAAUGUGAGGAAAACCCGGAGACAUCAUCUAACCCUAGGAAUUUGUACGUGAAAAUGGAGGAAUUUAAACCAAAAUCACAUGAAUGGGAGAAGAAUGGGACAACCUGUGUAAAUAACCCUGUUUACGUAGAUAUGCAAGCAAAGUUAUUGCCCGAGAAAUGUAAUUUAUUUCAGAAGCAGACCCAGAAUUAUCAACUCCAAAUAUGCAAUAAGAAACAAAACCAAGAAGAGCUAACUACCUAUACCCAGCCCAAAAGUGAAAACGAUGAUUUGAUUAUUGAAAAGCUAAAGGCAAUUGUGAAUGAAAUAGCAAGAAACAAGAAUAAGCUGGUAGAGGAAAAUAUGAAACUCCAUGAGGAUCUAAAAAUGUACCAAAAUCAGUGUCAGAGCAUGGAGGCAGACGUCUCAGAAAUGAGAAAUGAGCUACAGUCAAGGGAUGGUCUCUGGAGAAGGAUACAACUGGAAUGCCAAAAGUUGUAUACAGAAUUAUUGAAAAUCAAAGAGUAUAAAGAUAUGCAGGAAAUUCAAAUAAAGCAUCAAUCGUCUCGUGUUCAGCUUACUGAGCAACUAGAAAAUAAAAACACUGAGUUAUUGCUAUUUGCAGAAAGGCGAGAACACCAAGAAGAAGAGCUGAACAAGAUAAGAAACCAUGUUUAUCGAGAGAAGCAGUCCCAUUGCUCUGAGCAGGAAAGAAUGAAGACAGAAAUCUCUGACCUGACAGAGGAGCUUCAUCAGAAGGAGAUCACUAUAGCAACUAUCAUGGAGAAAGCUAGUCUUCUGGAAAGACAGUUAAAAAUGGAGUUAGAGACAAAACACAAAUUGUUAACAAAACAACAGCUGUUGGAAUUCCGUUACCAGGUUAUCAAAUCUGAAAACACACAUCUAAAAGAAAUGGUGGAAAGCCAGGAGGGUGAAAGCUGCAUGUGCAUAGAUUUAUGUAACAAAGGACAUGGAAAUUUCACAGCUUCUGUUCACAAAAUGAAACAUGAGAAUUUAAGACUACAAAAUAGCCUUGUUAAACUACAAAAUGACACAGAAACAUCGAUAGUGGGUUGCAUGGAUACAUCUAGAGAAACAGAGCACAGCUACCAAGCCCAUUCAAAGAUGCAAGAAAAGGAAGAGAGAGGUCAUGAAAAGAAAACAGUCUAUAAAUCUCCAUUACUACCAGUGGGGUAUCCUUUGGGUUUUCCUGGGCCAUUCCCUGAAGUGAGCAGAAAAGGCAACUUUGAGAGUACUGCUUACAAUGUGGAAGAAAUAAAAUUAUUGGAGCCCUGUACAAUAGGAAGCCUCUCUCACUCAAGAAAGAUGUCUACCCCUGAGAUGUCCUCCCUUGCAACAACAGAAAAGUUCCUUCAAGAGGAAGAUAAACAUGCAAGAGAAUUUGAAGAACGUUUAAAUUCACACCUUGAAGAGCUGCAAAGAUAUUCUGAAAAUACUCUAAAAAAAUAUGCCAGGAUGCAGCAAAGCAGGCAUACUUAA